UUGCAAGUCAGGUUCUAGACACUUAAGUGCCUGUAACCAACUUUAUCAUUUAUUGCUCACACUUGAAAUAUUUGAAACCAGUAUUUGUUAUACAGUCAAGGCAAAUGCCUUCACAUGAUUAAAGUCCUGAAUGCACUCAUUAAUUUGUGGUAUUCUUGCGCAAAAUUUAAGCUUAAUCGUAGGUUCCAUCCAAGUGAUGUUUUCCUCAAGUAUCUUAGUCAUCCAUAUCUGUUUAUAAUAUUUUAACUUGCACUCAUAACCCUUCUUUGUUUUUUUUUUUUUUUUUUUCCAUUCAUAGAUGGGUGUUUGCCAGAAGUGUGGGGAUAAAGGUGAUAUGAAAUGUCUUGUAUAUUGUGUGAAGUGUCAGGUUUCCUCGGAGCAUAGUUAUUGUCUGGAGACUUUACCUGGAGAAGGUGAUAAAAUGAUGACAUGGACAUGUGCAGAAUGUAGUCUAAGAGAUGCCAAGCCUAGACCCAUUCCAUCCAUUAAAAGUGCACGCAUUAGCCAAGCUGUGAAAACUAGGAUGAAUAGGAUCAAGAUGCGGAAGAAUACCAGUUUCCCUAGGGUAAAUUCACAGGCUAACAGGAAUGCAGAUAGGCUGGCUAAUGCGAAGCAGCCUACAGGUGAUUCUUCCCCAAAAAAGGUGAUAGAAAGGUUGCCCUCUGCUUCUGCCUCUUCUUUGCCUAGUGCUGGAAAUGGAGAGUCCAGAAAACCAAAGAGAAGGUUGGUCGUUUUAGAUGGAAACUCUGACGAGGAGUUUGAACCUAUUAAACGCUUCGAAGUCGAUCCUUGGCAUUUAGAUCCUUCUGUAGGUGCUCAUUCAUUGAACAUAUCACACAUGUCAUAUCCUGAAGACAACAAUUAUGUCCAUGCUCAACCAAUCAGUGAUCCAAUAUGGAGGGGAUGCUUGAGUAUUCAAAAUAACAAAAAUCCAACUGCUAUUGGAAUUCUUGCCCACUUAUCAAGUAAAGCUUGUAUAGAAGUAGGCGAUGCAGCAAAACAACUGCCAAUGCAUCUGAAUGCAGCAAUCUUUUCUAGGUCUGAUGCAUGGCCCCAAAAGUUUGAGAUAGAAUCUCCGACUGAUGAAAGUAUUGGUCUUUAUUUUUUUCCUGAAAGUGAAAGGGAUGAAAAGUUUUUUGACAACCUAAUGAAUCAUAUAAUCAACCAUGACCAAGCUAUCAAGGCGGUGGUAAACAAUAUGGAGCUAUUAGUCUUCUCUUCUCGUGAACUGCCUCCGGAACACUGGCGUAAGGACCUUUCUUAUUUGACAGUUUCAUCAUUGAAUAAUAAAUACUUGCUCUAGACGUAUAUUCCUACCCGGUCAUUAAGUUGAUAGAUUGAUGACAUAUUUAUUAAUAUUAAAUAAUUGACUAUGUGUUAAUUAUCUAAUGGUUAAGUGUUUUUACACUUAAUUACGUAUCACUUUCUAUAGGGCUGAGCAAGAGAUUCGGAGAUUCCGAACCGUAUCGAAAACAGAAUUGAAAGUAUCCAGAAUGGAAAAAUAUCCGUUGACUAUUUGACUCUCUCCGAAUAAACAAUACUGAAAUUUUCUUUUGGUACCAAAGAAUCAAAACUAAAAUCGAUUUAAAAGAUUUUAUUUAUUUAUUUACUUUUAUUAUAAGUAAGUCCAAAUCCUAAGCCCAGAUUUAGAACCAAAUAUAAAAGCCUUACCAGAUACAAAUCUAACAAUUGUCUAAAUCUAAAAUAAAAACACUAAGUUUGGGUAAAUAGCCAUGUUGGUAUCAAUACUUUGGCCUAUAUUUUCAAUUGGUAUCAAUGUAUUGAAAUUUUUUUCCUUAUGGUAUCAAAAUAUUAAUUUUUGUUAUAGAGGAUGAUAUCUGCUGGUAACCUGUUCAAUUAUUUAUGAAGAGCUCCACAUCAGCAUCCCAUUCAUUAUCCACAUCACU